CUAAAGUUGAAGGAGAGAAGAAAUUAAUUGAAUCGGAUAAGGAAGAAAGGAUGGAUUUUGAUGAAGUCCCAGAAGAUAGUGGUGAUGAACCGCUUGAUGAUGUAAUUUCUCUAAUUGAAGAUAAUACCGAGAGUAUUGGCAAUUAUAAUAGUAGAAGUGUUGUAAUAAAUGAUCAACUUAGAAAUUCAGAGACAAUAGAUAGAAAUUCGCCUAUUUUUGAUGCACAAGAAUUUAUUAAAGUAAUUGAGAGUCAAGAACCGAAAUUAAAGGGAUUGUUUAAUGCAUUCUUCUUAGCUAUAAAUCCUGAAGGAAAAAACCAACAAACUAAAGAGUUGACAAUACAAAUACCUAGUGCAACAUCAAUACCUCAGAUAGCACACAUGGCAACUAUAUUGUUUAAUACAGAAAAAACACCGCCGAUUCUAUUUUAUUCUCAAUCUGGAUUUUUAGUUCACAAUUCUAAUAGCGUUGACUCUGUUCUUCUUAAGACUAUUCUUUGGGAGCAAUAUAUAAUUUCAUUUGCCAAUAGUUAUAAUUUUGAAAAAAUUAAUUGGAAGUGGAUUCAUGAUAUAAUAUUUGCAAAUGAAUCUGAACUUAUUGAAUCACUAGUAGUAUAUUCUUAUGACGCUAAUAUUUUUGAAAGAUAUAGGUGUCAGUUUGAUCAAACAAAGCUUAUUGACUUAAUAGAAUUAGAUUUAAAAAAUAUGAACAAUUACAUUGAAGCUAUUAAAACAUUUAUAGGUGUUAUGAAAAGAUUAAAUCAGCAUAAUUAUGAUAAGAUAUUACUUGCAUUUAUUUCAAACAUUCAUUACUGGAAGUUAAUUAGACAUUCUAUAAUAGACAUUUUGAGAAGUCAUUUAAAUACAUUUGACGAGUACCCAGUAGAAAAUUUCCAUAGCUUGCUUCAAUAUCACACAAAUAUUAAAGUUAAUACAGCAAAAUCUCUUAGAUAUAAUGCUUUGUUUAUAGAUAAUCUUCAACAAAAUAAUGAUUUUAUUGAAUCAUUUGUACCUAAACGCAAUUAUCCAUAUACAAAAAAAGACCUUGAUGAGUUGGUUAAAGUUACAGCAAUCUUUUUCUUAGAUUUGUUCGAAAACAUUUGA